GAGAGAUUGUUUAUCGGCAUCGUGCGUGACUCACUUGAUUAGAACAUGCUAAGAAGCUCCCCUGCAUUAUCAUCUGGAUCAUUCACAUUUCCCUUGAGGUUGGUGCUAGAUGACGGCAGUGCCACUAGAAGAAGAUCCUUGGGUUUUUCAAAAGCUUGUCGCCAUGGAAACAAACACAUCAAUGACCUCUCAGAAUGACAAUAACCUGUGGAAGAUGGAUUCUAAGAUGGUGGCAGACAAUCAAGAAACAGCAAACAUUAGUACUCCUGGAGAGGAAACCUUAAAUGACCCCAAUGACCCUCCCCCAACUGACUCAACUCAAAAUGACGCAAUAAACAUCGCCGGUGCAGAUUAUAAAUUCAUCCCACUCCAACAAUCCCUUUCAAACAUGGGGCCACCAUUGGCGGGAGGGAGGUACGAAGACCUAGCCGCAAGUAAUUCCAGCGUGACCCUUGUGUUUGAGGCAGGUGACGACACUGAGGCUGAAGCUAAUCCCAUCAGAUUACACUGGCAUCAUAGUGAAAGGCAGUCAAUGGAAACACACAGGGACACUGAGGAAGCGUCAGCAGGUACGCCACGGAUUCUUGAGGAGUUUAAAGACCUUCCUCGAAAUGCUGAGGACCAAAUACCCAGGGGUCCAUUAAGAGGAACAAAAGACGAAUUUCCGAAGCUAGCAUCUUCAGACACUGUGGACAAGGUAAGAGAUGAAAUACAACAAGAAGAUUUAACUAUGGAGGACACAAAAGGCGACAAGAUCUUCCAAAAUGAGGAAAACAUGAUUGCCGGAGCACUCGGUGAUUUAAAGACAGAAAAGAAACAGAACGAAGAGGCAAAAUAUGAUCCUAGAGAUGAAUUUGGGAGAAUAGCUUCAGAUAUUCUUCAAGGCGAAAGACUUCUUCAGCGUUUGCAACUAGUGCAGCAACGACAGGAGGCAGAUAUGUGCCAAGAGGUUCGCCAUGAGGAGAAGUUUUUGGCUGAAGCAGAAAUUGGAGGGGACCAGACAGGCCAAGACCAAAAAGACCAGAUCAGAUUCUACACCAUCAGGACAAAGACAAGCCUGUUGGAAAGAGAAAAGACUGAAGGAACCGAGAGAGGAGAAACCCAAGAGAAGAUACUUGAGCACUUUGGUACUCCCACAAGAGAAACAAAUUGUUCUGAUGAUACCCCAAGUCUCAGUUGUGAGUCUCCAAUCAGUUCCAAUGAAACCAUUUCCACUUCAAGUACCCUUCGAUCCGCCCGGCACCGUUUCUCUGUCACGGAAACGUCCACGGAAAAGCAAAUCCACGAGGAUGCCCAAGGGAAACAAAACUUGCAGAGGUCUGGGGGGGUUCUGAACCUGGCGGAUGAUCCGGAUGUACUGGAAAUCCCCUUUAAAACAAAUAUCGUGUUCAAAGUAGCACCCAAAAAAAUGUGUCAAGAUCAGGACGAUGAAUGGCAGCUGAAGGUGCCGAGUCAGGAGAGUCCGAGAAGACUUGGAACUGGACAGGAGGAGGUCUCAAAAGAGUUUGGUAGAAAAGAGGCCCAUCAAAAGACAAAAUUGCUGUUUGAAGAUUUCCAGCAGGAUAACACACUUGGUCCAACCAGAUUACGAAAAGCCCUUUCAACAUCAUUGACAAAUCACGAUUCUCCUACGGUUCUCGAACGUACGCUUAGCUUGGAUAUGUUUUCGCUCUCGGAAAAGAAGAAAAGUUCCGACAACCUGUGCUCCAAGAUUCCGAGUGCGGCAUCUCGAGAUCGGACCCGAUUAUCGCCAUACCCAAAUGUACGUCUUUGCCGAAGUUCGGACUCCAUCGGUUCAGAUAUCUCCGCGGUAGAAAAUGACAGAUCUGAAGGGACUGGACGGGAAGCUCCCGUGCUCCAACAAAAUCCUUUCUUCAAGUUGCGUCCAGCAUCGGCUCUAAAGCCAAAGGUUGAGGAGGACAUCCGGGAAGCUGAAGCAAGAGAAGACGAACUUCGGAAACAACGAGAUUCCUUGUAUGGAGAGAAGCAACAUCGUACAGAGGAAGCUGGCAAGCCGAAACGUACUUCGACUGUCAUACCAGGUGGAAAGCAACAGUCUCGGGGUAAACUGGAACGAGUCUGGCCACCACCCAGCAAGAAAGAGCAAUUUAAAUUUGAGCACACACAGGUUAGAGCUGGAAAUCAGAGGUCUAAUCUGUGGCAACGCUGGGAGUUUGGUCAAAUCAACGGACAGCCGUCAUCAGAAAAGGACUGACGACUCCGACACAUCAAAUAUCAACAUUGAAAUUAUUAUUCCAAGUAGUUAAAUGUAUUAGCGUUUCACACCUGGUUUGUAUAUUUUGCUUCAACUAACUAACUGUAGCUCGGAUAUAUUCUUUUCUUUUUUGGAGUUUUAAAUUUGUUUCUAUAGUAAACAUCCACAAUAACGUCUUUUUGCUCUUUAUUUUCCAAUUCCAAUUGUUCACCAGGAGGGGGCAGUAUGACCUUGAUUCCUCACAGAAGCAAAAGUAUUGAAAGUAUUGAAGGCAAAGUAUAAAAAAAAUAAACCCAAAACACAAGAGCGUUUGAAAAAACAUUUGUAUCUGAGUGAAUGUAAAUUAAAUAAUUAAAAGUGUGUGUGUGUUGAUUGAUUGACAGUAAUGUCCAGUUUAAUAUUACUGCAUAGUGAUGAUGACGAUAAUUUACGCAAGAUGCAGUCCCAAACCGGAAGCAGCGAUGGGAACGUACAGAACAGUUAUGUAACCUUUGUAAAUGAUCGAAUGAUGACUCACAUACUUUAUGAAAUAAGAACAGGCCGUCAUGUACACCGCUCGAAAGAACAUCUGUAACAUUUUGUUCAAGAGCGUGGCUGCCAAAACAGACAAAGUGAAUCACACUUAUCAAAAAAUGUGUGCUUUUUUUCUUCUUCCAAACUUUUUAAAGAACGUCUUGUGGGAAAUGACUCUGGAAUUUCCACCCAGUGCCAAAGGGUGGAUUACGACCACCGUCCACUCCAAAGUAUGCCCACGGAAUGUUGCAACCAAACACGAUAAACACCGUGGAUGCACAAAUACCAAAAAGCUUUGUGUGUGAACGAGAAAACAGAACAACAACAGAGCUCUGACGUCACUGUGCGAUAUAGAGCCUGACUCACUUCUUUUCUCUAGUCCCACCACAAGCAGUAACUCGAAACCCAAAUGAGGAAUGACUCAUCCGUGCCACCCACGUUUCCUCCUAUAGUCAGAAUUUAUCACGGUCACGACCAAAAUAUCGAGGUUCUAUCUAAUGACAACAACGAUCAAAUGUUCUCAACUCAUUCAAAGUUGUAUUUCACUGGCAGCCCAGAUCAAAUGUUGACGUCUAUAUGCGUCAAUGGUAGUGAAUGAGUUAAUGAAGGGCAUGUUGUAAAUGGCAACGAUCUUAAGUCACUGAAAAGUAAUGAAUAAGUAAAGAGUGGGAACACAAGACAACAGUCAACAGACCUCAAAU